UGAGCUCCGCCUUCCUUCUAUCUGUCCCACAAGGCAGCAGGAGCAGAGAGCAGCCAUUGCUGUGUCUGGCAGCAGACAUUCCAGCAGUGAGGAACCAGAGUCUUUAUUACACGUCACAUGUUCUCAUCCAUCACUAAGCAUGGACAUGGACAGGAGUCACAGGACUGAGAGGAUAAUACAUAUCACCAUGGAGAUCAUCUACCUGCUGACUGGAGAGGAUUACACAGUAGUUAAGAAGACAUCCAGUGAUUUUGAGACAUGCAGCAGCCGUCCCCGUGUGUCAGGAGGACUGAACAGGAACCGGAGCCCCAUCACGGUUCCUCAACCUUACUCACUGAUACAUGAGAGGCCCAAUGACCAGAAGAUCCUGGAACUUGCCAAUAAGAUCAUUCAGCUGCUGACUGGAGAAGAGGGGGAGUAUAUAGAGGAACACAGGGGUCUGUACAAGGACGUGAUGAUGGAGAAUCACCGGCCCCUCACAUCACUGGAUGGGCCCAGUAACAGAGAUACCCCAGAGAGAUGUCCCCCUCCUCUGUAUUCCCAGGAUUGUACAGAGGAGAAUCACAGGAUCCCACGGAAGGAUCAGGAAGAAAGUCUGUCUGAUAUUAAAACAGAAGAUAUAGGGGGAGAACAAGAGACGUAUGUGACUGAUAUGAAGGCAGAAGAUACAGAGGGAGAAGAAGAGACGUAUGUGGCUGAUAUGAAGGCAGAAGAUACAGAGGGAGAAGAAGAGACGUAUGUGACUGAUAUGAAGGCAGAAGAUACAGAGGGAGAAGAAGAGACGUAUGUGACUGAUAUGAAGGCAGAAGAUACAGAGGGAGAAGAAGAGACGUAUGUGACUGAUAUGAAGGCAGAAGAUAUAGAGGAAGAAGAAGAGACGUAUGUGACUGAUAUGAAGGCAGAAGAUAUAGAGGGAGAAGAAGAGACGUAUGUGACUGAUAUGAAGGCGGAAGAUACAGAGGGAGAAGAAGAGACGUAUGUGAGGGGUGAUCAUCAGUGUAAGGAGAAGGAAAUCCCUACAGAUAUCAGCACAGAGAAAAUUUCUGACACCAACGGGACAGAAUCGAUUGAACAUCUGAUUGGACAACUAUUAAAACUGAGAAAAAGAGAAGUGGACUUCUUUUUGCAUGGAGUCUCCCUCUCUGAUUGUUUCCGAGAAAAACUUAUUCCACGAGGAUUCCGUAUUGGGAACAUCCCUACCAUAGGGAGAGACAAUCAGGAUUUCUGCCGAAAGUGGGCAGCAAUUCUUAACAAGUGCUCGUUUGACUUGAUACUUCUAGUUAUAGAGGAAUCAAGAAGAGAAUUGAAUAAUACUAAAGCAAAAAUUUCAGCCUUUGAAAAUGUUAACUUGGAAAGAAUUAAUCACGAAGCACCUGAGUAUUGGUUAAGUAAGCUGACACAGCAAGUGGGUCAAUACCGCACAAAUGUAAUCAAAUUCAAGAAAAAUAAAUUAGAAAUUGUCAAGAAAGAUUACGAACAGCACCGUGUCUAUAGUUGGGCUUAUCACAAAAGCCAAGGACAACAGAGGCCUGUUAAUCCACGCAGACGUUUCCAUAUCCAUUAGAGACUGACAACUCGAGUGGAGCUGGUUCUUCCACUGACACUGAAUGUGUUGGUCCGUCCACCUCCCAGGUUGCCAACAAACCACCUACGGGCAUCUCGACUUGUUCAAAAAACGACACCGCGAAAGGCCAUGCACCAGGAGGAGCAGCCAAAUGCAAGGAAAGCAAGAAAAACGGGGCGCAAAGAAAACAUAGUGUUUAACUUUUCUUCUCGGCAACUAACAUCUGAGGAACUUACAGUGCUCAACAAAAGGUUGUCUUUUGUCCCUACCCAUACCCUGGAUGUUUUCACUAAUCAGGUAGAUCUUCAGAAGUUUAGAAGUCGAAUCAGACUACGAGAAUUUUUAAAAAAUUCUACACCACAAGCAGACAUUCCACCUGUUUUCAGAAAAUCGAGCUUUGACCCAGUUGUAUCGAAUAAAAGCAUUAAAGCAUUUAAAGGA